GCAGCAGAAGUGUUUGUUAAAGGCUCUAGAGAGGAUCGAUGCUGACGAUCAGUCUGAUGUCACCAACAGCAGCAGCUUCACUCUGACUAGGGAAGCAUCUCUGCAGGUGACGCCCACUCUUUACGUUACCAUGGAGAUCCUGUCAAACUGGGGUCACCCGGGUCAGGUGGGACUCACAGAAGUUCAGUUCUUCUGUCCACAAAAUCGCAAACUCUACGUGUCUCCACAUGACCUGGACAUUCGCAACACGGACCAGCCCGGGAAUCUGGCUGCCCUCGUCAACGGAAAAACUAAAACCACAAAAGAGCGUCAUAUGUGGGCUUGUCCGUUCCACCCGCCCGUCCAGCUGUAUUUUAUCGUCAGGAAUGUGGAACGAACUCCGAACUUCAACAUCUCUCGGAUCAAAAUGUGGAAUUAUAACCACAGCCUUAAUGUAAGUACAGCCAAAAGUAUAAGCUGAUCGAUAAAACAGUGUUUACUGAAAGCAAGAGCAGGACAUCCAUCAAUCCAAAUGAUCAAUCCAAGUGUUCAUCAGCAAGAAUAUUUGCUGACAUACUGCAGAUUAAGCACUUACAAAACACAUGAUCAACACAUCAGCGAGCCAGCAAAUAUGCUUUCUAUUUUACAUAUUUCUAUGGAUUUUUCCGACCUGACUCAUGUGAAGAGAGCGUGAAGCAGCUCAUGAUCCGGUGUUUUCAGUGUCUCAGAGCGGCAACCUUCUUCUCAACCAAUGCAACACAUGCCAAGCAACUUAAAUUUGUGAAUCAUUGUGAAUCAAAUCAUCUGCUGUCAACAAAAGAAAAGCUUCAAGGUGUGCCUGCAAUU